CACAUCUGGAUGUCCCGUUUCUUCCUACCCCAAUUUCUAUGUCUCCCACAAAGUUGUGAGUCACGUUCUGUAGCCCCCAUAUUGCAGCUGGGAGAUCUCAAAGUCCAGAACAUGAACAAAACAAGAAUUUCUCCUUGUUCGCUCCCGAUAGGAAGGUCUCUGGGUCCGGAAUACACUUGGGAGGUAGUAGACUCAGGAAUUAGGCUGCAGGUUUCUCCCCUCCUCUCAGUCUGUCUCAGUUUAUAUACAAUCCGCUGUGUGCUGAGAUUCUGUCUGUGCAAUGGAGAUAAGCAGGUGGCUGUUCCUUCUCCUCCUGGGGUAUGCCAGUGCAGGGUCCCCCUCUAUGUUUGGAGAGAUCACCUCCCCCAAUUACCCUCAGGGCUACCCCAUUAAUGCCAACGAAGCCUGGGAGAUCCAGGUGCCAGAAGGGUACGGAAUCCGCCUGUAUUUCAUACACCUGGACAUCGAGCUGUCCGAAAACUGCGAGUAUGACUCAGUGAAGGUUAUAAUUGGGGGUGAAGUACAGCAGGUGCUUUGUGGCCGCCAUCUUCCUGCAUACCCAGGAACCCCUAUAGAGGACAAAUACUAUCCAACCACGCACCUGAAGCUCGUGUUCCAGUCUGACUUUUCCAACCAGGAGAGAUAUACCGGAUUCUCUGCAUACUAUAUGGCUGUAGAUGUAGAUGAGUGCGAAGACGAUACAUAUGAUCCUUGCUCACACUUCUGCAACAAUUACAUUGGAGGCUUCUUCUGCUCCUGCCCUCCAGAAUAUGACCUCCAUGCAGACCAGCGCACCUGUGGGGUGAACUGCAGCGGGGCGCUAUAUACGGAUCUGAAGGGGCAGAUCAGCAGCCCUGGCUAUCCCGCUCCGUACCCUGAGAACUCCCGUUGUGAAUACAAAGUGCUCCUAGAACCGGGAUACCAGGUUAUUCUCACCUUCCAGGCAGAAGAUUUUGACAUAGAGGCAGCGGAGGAUGGAAGCUGCUCCUAUGAUAGUCUCACUAUAAAAGCCAAAGGACGCAGCUUUGGUCCAUUCUGUGGGAAAACUCCCCCUUCGCUCCUUCAGACAGAGAGUAAUGAAGUGGACAUUUUUUUCCAAACAGACAGCGGAGGGGACCACAGAGGCUGGAAGAUACGCUACUCGGAGGAUGCCAUCCCCUGCCCCACAAAAGUGGUUGACCAUGCUGUCCUGCAUCCCCGGCAAGAUAAAUAUGUCUUCAAGGACUCAGUCAGCGUGAGCUGUGUGAAAGGAUAUGAGGUUUUGGAGGGUCAGAAAAAGCUGCCAUCAUUCCAAGCCAGAUGCCAGGGUGACGGGACCUGGACAAACACCCACCUGGAAUGCAUACCUGUUGACUGUGGGAGUCCUGAGAAAAUUGAAAACGGUGCAGCGACUUUCACACACAGCACAUAUGAAUCAGAGAUGAAGUAUAGAUGCAGCACUGAAUAUUACACCCUGAGUGGCAAUGAUACUUAUCGCUGUUCUGUGGAUGGAAUUUGGAGAAACAACAAUGGAGAGAGUAAACUCCCUGAUUGUGUACCAGUCUGUGGAAUCAGUUCAUUAGAGCACCAAUCAAAGAUAUUUGGUGGUUCCGCUGCUAAAGAAGGAGACUUUCCAUGGGUCGUACAUAUUGUAUCUGACACGAAAGGUGGCGGAGCACUGAUAUCAGAUCGCUGGAUCCUUACCGCUGCCCACGUAGUGCAGAAUGGUGUGAAACCCUCAAUAAAAGUUGGGUCUUGGCGUCUUGGUCAUGCAAAGGAACUGCAGUCCAAAAGAGUUAUUCUACACUCCAAGUGGAUAGUGGAAGAUCUUGACCCUAAAAGGAAGACAAACUAUGACAAUGACAUAGCCCUCAUCCAGCUUAGCAAUAAAGUUGAACUGGGUCCAUGUCUCUAUCCAGUAUGUCUUCCGCAAAAGGGGGGGAGGAACUCCCCGGCUGUCGGUGAGGUUGGAUAUGUUGCUGGAUGGGGGAUAACAGAGAAAAAAAGUGAAAUACGAUGGCUGCAGUACGCCGCAGUAGUUUUCCGUGAUACAGACGAAUGCAGGAAGACCGUAGUCACAGAUCAAGCCUUUACCACAAACAUGAUGUGCGCCGGCGGAUCUGGAAAAGACAGCUGUGCAGGCGACAGUGGGGGCCCACUCAUGUUCAAGGACCUAACCAACCCAACUGACAUCAACAAGCUAUAUAUUUCUGGCAUUGUCUCCUGGGGAAUUGAGUGUGGCAAGUUUGGAAUGUACACCAAGGUGGAGAAUUACCUGGACUGGAUCAAGGAGACAAUAGAAAAAGUGGAAAAGGAGGAGGAUGAAAUGAACACAGAACCAGUGAACAUCUGUCCUGAAAAGAAGGCCUAACAUAACCUUUACUCUACUACAGAGAAUAUGGGUGUAUAGGGGGGGGCAGUGUAACAUCAUUUUACGAACAAUAAAGUCACAAAUACAAA